AUGCGAUUAAUUGGUCGUGUAUCGUUUAUAUUUGUGGCAUUCGUUUGGGUCGUGGUCGAUAGCGCUAACGCUUUUUCACAUGGAUCAGAUAAUUCAUCGCAAUUCGAUUACUUCACAUUCACGCAAAUGUAUCCGACAGACGUUUGUUUGAUGGACAACGAUUGGAGAAAUGGUUCUUGCUUGGUACCGCAACAAAGUGCACUCUGGACGAUUCAUGGACUUUGGUGA